AUGAAACAAUCGGCAUUCUAUCUUAUCGCUGAAUCAAUCGUUAUCUCUAUUCAUCUACUUGUUUUCUUUACGUCGCGUAUUGCCAUCAAUGGUUUCAAUAAUGACCUAACGCAACGAUCCAUCGUCUGGUGUAAAUUGAGACAAUCAUUUGGCACAAGUUUCACACUUAUAUCACUUAGUAUUGUUUGUUUUGCUACUAUUGACCAGUAUUUAUCAACUAAUUAUAAUCCGUUUUUAAAGCAAUUAAGUACUCUCAAAUUUGCUCGUCGCCUUACUUGCGGUGCUGUGAUAGUUUGGCUUGCACAUGGAAUUCCAUUCAUAGUUUUCAUGAAGAUUCUACCCGUAUACGGAUGUACAACAUAUUAUGAUGGAUUUAAUACCUAUGUUACAUAUAUUUAUUAUUUAAUACUCUCUGGACUGCUGCCGAUCGUGAUUAUGUCAAUAUUUGCUACACUAGCCUAUAUCAAUGUUCGUCGUAUUGUAAAAAGUCGGAUAGCAAUUUUCCGGCGUAGACUUGAUAGACAACUGACUGCAAUGAUUCUUGCUCGUGUAGCAUUUUUAGUGGCAGUUACACUACCUUAUAUUAUUGAUCGUAUAUACAUCAUACAGGUUCAAUUAACUCAAAUUGACCCAGUUCAAAAAGCGACUUUACAACUGGCAGGAGCCGUUGCUUAUUCUUUAUUCUAUUUAAGUUAUGCUGUGUGUUAUUUGACUUUUUGUUUUUGCUAUUGA